AUGCCAGAUACUCCAGAAUGGAUAGCUUCACAUAAGCAAUGGGAUGAGAAAACUGCUGAGAACCUCACUACGCUUCUCAAAAAUGAUACAAAGGUGAAAUUGGCUGGUAUUGAUGUCGAUGGUAUAUUACGCGGAAAGCUUGUCUCCAAAAAGAAGUUUCUAGGUAUUGCAAAGGAGGGUUUUGGAUUCUGUUCGGUGAUCUUUGGUUGGGAUAUGCAUGAUCAGACUUAUUUCAAAGAGAUGAAAAUCAGUAAUGCGGAGAAUGGUUAUCAUGAUAUUAUCGCGAUUCCGGAUUUGAGCAGCUUUAGAAGGAUACCAUGGGAAAAUGAUGUGCCAUUCUUUUUGAUUAGCUUCUAUGAUCCAGAUACGGGGAAGCCAGUGUCUGCGUGCCCGAGAGGAUUACUGAAGACGGCAGUGGAAAAAUUACAAGCUAAAGGAUUGGGUGCAAUGGCUGGAGCUGAGUAUGAAUUCUUUCAAUUCAAGGCACCACCGAGCAAUCCUCAUGCACCACUUUCCGAACGAAAUACCUCUUCUACAGCGACUUUCCUAAGAGAAAACCCAGUCGAUUCGUUACCUUCUUUGACCGAAGGCAUGUUUGGGUACAGCUUAACUAGACCAGUACACAACCAAGAUUAUUAUUACGGGAUAUAUGAUGCAUGCGAGCAAUUUAAGUGCGAAAUAGAAGGAUGGCAUACAGAAAGUGGGCCAGGUGUUUUUGAGGCUGCGUUGGCAUUUGGGGAAAUUCAACAGAUGGCAGAUAAAGCAAGCUUGUUCAAAUAUGUUGUAAAAUCAGUUGCCACAAAGUACGGGAUAACACCAUGUUUCAUGGCUAAACCACGACAAGGUCUACCUGGAAACAGUGGACAUAUGCAUGUUUCGAUUGUUGACAAAGAUGGCAAGAAUCUCUUCUUUCGAGAAACCAAAGAUACAGAAGCAAAGUGGUCAGAUAUUGAGAAUCUUUCAGAUAUGGGGCGUCAUUUCCUCGCUGGAGUAUUAGAAGGACUUCCAUAUGUCAUGCCGCUCCUUGCACCCACAGUCAACUCCUACAAACGUCUCGUAGAAAACUUUUGGGCACCAGUAACAGUAUCCUGGGGACUCGAACACCGCGCCGCCUCCAUCCGUCUCAUCGCACCCCCAACCUCCAAACCCGGCGCCACACGUUUCGAAGUCAGAGUACCAGGCGCAGACACCAAUCCAUUUUACGUGCUAGCCGCCAUCCUAGCAUUAGGAUGGAGAGGCAUAGAAAAGAAAUUGGAGAUUCAACAACCACCGCUAGGCAAAGGAUUAGAUGUAGGAGGGAAAGCAGAUUCAGGGGUAAGGUUGGCGAAGAAUCUUAAAGAGGCGACGGAGAAAUUCAUGGAGAAGGAUAGUAUUGCAAGAGAGGUUUUUGGUGAUGAAUUUGUAGAGCAUUAUGGGGGGACGAGGGAACAUGAGGUUAGAUUGUGGGAUGAAGCGGUCACGGAUUGGGAGGUGAAGAGGUAUAUUGAGAGUGUUUGA